AUGGUGGCUAUCAACGGAACCUACGAUGUAAUGCUGGUGCCUCUGCUGAUGCCCAUCUCGCAGGUGCUGAACUUCCUUCCGCCCAAGGUGCGCAACAUCGAACCGUCGCCGCUCAUCUCCUUCACGCAGGACCAGAUCGCCCAUCUCGGUCUCAACGCCGCCGAGUACAAUGCAGGUGCCAACCACCCUGUGAUGCUCGAGCUGGGCUACCAGGACCACACGGGCCCUGGACCGAGAAUCUUCCGACCCAGCUUUGACGAGGCGAAGCUCGAGGUGCUUGGCAUGCGUCACCCUUCGCUCACGGGCAAGCAGCCAACGACAGCGGACAAGGGCUUCGUCUUCAAGCAGCUCAUCCUCUUUUCGAACUUUGUCCUGUGGUCAUCAUCCAACGUGAUCGCGGGGCUGAGAAGCAACCUGGCCACGGUCACACCGCACAAGUCCCCCUCGAUCUACGCCGUCGACGAAGCGACCAUUCUAUACAACGUCAAGGACUACAUCGAGGUCAACUUUUCCAAGAACGGCGAUCAGGGGUCUGCCACCAGCAACGGCGCAGUGCAGUGGUCUGGUCGACCCUGGUACGGAUGGAACACGGGCGACACCCUGACUCAGUUCGUGUUCGAUGUCGACAAUCCCAAAAUCUCGCCAGUGCCGUACAAGGCGGACACGAGGAUCAAGACGCCGUCGUUCUACGAUCCAUCGGUAGCAAAGGAAGCCGCCAGCGUCAGUCCAGAAUGGAGCGAGUUCGAUGGUGUGGCCAGCUGGAGGUUCCAGGCCAACUACUACAGCCGUGACAUUAAGGCUGCUGAUGCCAAUGCUGUAUGA